AUGGGCGGGAACCGCCGAGGCGGCGGCGGCCGCGGCCGAGGCCGCGGCGGCGGCGGCGGCGGCGGGAACGGCAACAACAACUACGGCGGCGGCGGCAACUCGUUCGCCGCGCUGAGCGACCACCGCGGCGGCGGUGGGGGAUUCCACGACCACGGCGCGCGCGGCGGAGGCGGCGGCGGCUUCGGCGGAGGCGGCGGCUUCGGCGGCGGCGGCGGGGGCGGAGGCGGUAGAGGAGGCGGCGGAGGCGGAAGAGGCGGCGGAGGAAGAGGAGGCGGAGGAAGAGGCGGCGGAGGAAGAGGCGGAGGAGGAAGAGGCGGAGGAGGAAGAGGCGACGACCCGAGUCUGAAUGCGCUGCGCGAUGACCUCCAGACCGACCGCGCGAUGAUGUGGCCGCUGUCGUGCUACGGCAAGGGCGACGAGCGCUGCCUCCUCGGCGGGGACACGUCGUUCGAGGAGCUUCGAUGGGUCGUCGGCGCGGUCGCGCUCGCGCGCGGGGACGCGAACGCGGUGCACGCGAGAGCGCGCGAGUUCGCGCGAGGGAAAGAGGACGACGUCAACGCGAUCCUGGGCUUCCCCCCGCGUCAGCUCAAGACGGUGUUGGAGAACGCUGCGGCGGGGAGGAUGGCGCCCGCGGGCGCGAGCAGGGUGAUCGACUGCUCGAUGCUUCUGGGGAUGGCGACGACGCCCGCGGGGAUGGCGACGCCGGGGCCCGGGAUGAUGGGACCCGGGAUGCCGACGCCGCCGGGGGGAAUAAUGACGCCGGGGACGGUCCCCGGGGGAUUCGUCGGAGGGGGGAUCCCGCCGACGCCCGCGCCGCCUUCUCCGGCGACGCCCGGAGGGUUCGGAUUUUUGCAGCAGCAGCAGCCGCAGCAGCAGCCGCAGCCGCAUAUGGGCGGCGGCGUGGGGGGUCAGAGGCUGGGACAGUUGGGAGGUUUUCCCGACGCCCCCGCGCCGGGCGGCGGAGGGUUCGGCGGCGGAGGAGGGUUCGCGCCGACGCCGACGCCGCCGACGCCGGGAGGCGCGGGCUCGCAGACGUCCCCGCCGGGGGCGGACGCGGGGAAUAACCCGUGGGCGAUGCGGCGAUGGGCGGUGGGGGAGAUCCCGGACGCGCCGCCGCCGCAGCAGUACAUCCAGUGGUGAAGCGCGUAGCCCCUUCUAUAUACAGUAGUGUAGAGUCGGCGACGAAAAUCGUUCCUCGUUUACUCGUAAAAAGUCGUUAAUAAUG